CAUUCUAAAUCAUUUGAUGUGUGUGCUGCAGAGUGAUCUGCCCCUCACCAGACUACCCACCUUGUAAGAUGUCCCAGUCCACAGUCACUGAAGAAGGAGGCACCUUCGAGCACCUGUGGAGCUCCCUGGAACCAGACAGCACCUAUUUUGAGCUCCCCCCAAACAGCCAGCCAGGUGAGCGCCCAGUGCCUUCUACCAGCACCCCGGGGAGCCACCGCAGCGCUGCCGAGGUCUCCAUGGACGUCUACCAAAUGAGGGACAUGAACGACAACGUGAUGUCCCAAUACAACUUGCUGAGCAGCAGCAUGGAGAGCCUGGGGAGCCGUGCGACGUCCGCCAGCCCCUACAGCUCCGAGAACGCCUCCUCAUCGGCCGUGCCCACCCCCUCACCCUACUCCCAACCCAACUCCACCUUUGAGGGCCUGUCGCCUGCCCCGGCCAUCCCCUCCAACACCGACUACCCCGGACUGCACUCCUUCCAGGUGUCCUUCCAGCAGUCUAGCACCGCCAAGUCCGCCACAUGGACCUACUCUCCCUUGCUGAAGAAGCUCUACUGUCAGAUUGCCAAGACCUGUCCAAUCCAAAUCAAGCUUUCCUCCUCUCCACCUCAUGGCAGCAUCAUCAGAGCUAUGCCCGUCUACAAGAAGGCGGAGCAUGUGACAGAAGUGGUCAAACGCUGCCCCAACCACGAACUAGGACGAGACUUCAAUGAUGGGCAGUCAGCCCCAGCCAGUCACCUGAUCCGAGUGGAGGGGAACAACCUCAGCCAAUACGUGGAUGAUCCUGUCACUGGCCGACAGAGUGUCUUCUUGCCUUAUGAGGCGCCACAGGUGGGGACUGAGUUCACCACCAUCCUGUAUAACUUCAUGUGCAACAGCAGCUGUGUGGGCGGCAUGAACAGGAGACCCAUCCUCAUCAUCAUCACUUUGGAAACCAGAGAUGGUCAAGUGUUGGGCAGAAGGUCGUUUGAAGGCCGGAUAUGUGCAUGUCCCGGCCGAGACCGCAAAGCUGACGAGGACCACUUCAGGGAACAACAGGCCCUGAAUGACAGCGUGGCCAAAAAUGGCAGCGCAAACAAGCGCAACUUCAAACAGAGUCCGCCAAAUAUUCCCAGUCCAAAUAUUAACAUGAGGAAGAGGCGGCAUGGAGAAGAAGAAAUUUACUAUAUUCCUGUUCGUGGUCGGGAUAACUUUGAGCUGCUCAUGAAGAUUAAAGACAGUUUGGAGCUGGUGGAGCUGGUGCCGCAGCCACUGGUGGACUCCUACAGACAACAAACACAACAGCAGCUUCUGCAGAGACCGAGCCAUAUAGCCUCCCCCUCCUCGUACUCUCCACUGCCCAACAUGAACAAGCUUCAUGCCCAUGGAAGCCUCAACAAACCGUCCUCAAUCAACCAGCUGGCGGGGCAGCAGCCCCAGCAACAUCCCACUGCCCCCACCUCCAUAGCUCAUAUGGGUUCAAACAUGCACAACAGCCACCACAUGCAGGGAAAUGGUGAUAUAAAUGGGGGCCACAGCAGUCAGACUAUAGUGUCUGCCUCCCACUGCACCCCACCCCCUCCGUAUAACCCUGACCCCAGCCUUGUCAGUUUUCUAACCAGUCUGGGCUGUCAGAACGUCAUUGAGUACUUCACCUCUCAAGGCCUCCAGUCUAUCUACCAUCUCCAGACUCUCUCCAUGGAGGAUUUAGGUGCACUGAAGAUACCGGAGCAGUUCCGCCUUGUCAUCUGGCGAGGUCUGCAGGACAUGAAACAAGUUGCUCCCCUUCAACUGCCUGCCUCCACUCAUCACCAUGACUAUCAUGGCCAGCAGCUUCUGCGCUCUAGCGGUAACAUGACUGCCUCUGCCAUGGCGGCCAUUGGGGCCGCCAGCGGAGAACUCCAACGUCAGCGCGUCAUGGAGGCUGUGCACUUUCGUGUCCGCCACACCAUCACCAUCCCGAACAGACCCGGUGUCGUUGGGACAUCAGGGAUGGCAACAGCUAGUGAUGAGUGGGCGGAUUUUGGUUUCGACAUGCCUGACUGCAAGUUAUCACGUAGCAAGCACUCCAUCAAAGAGGAGUUCAUGGAAAGUGAUCUUCAUUGAGCCUGAAGAGGAUUUUUGAACUGUUCUUCCAAUUAAUUUUCAGCAUCAGCCUAUUAACUAAGUAAAAGCAAGUGGAUAUGGUACUUUAAAUGUACCUUUAGGUGUUGCUGUCAUAUUUCAGUCAAAAUCAAGUUCCAUUUUAAUUGUGGGACAUUUCAGUGUGUUAAUGCACUAUGCCGGUUUUCAUUUUGUGCUUGAACAAUUGUUCCACCAAUUAGGCUGAACAUAAGAUGACAGCAGCAAAUUCCACCAAUAUACCAUUGUAUUUUUUUCUGGAAACAGAAUGUUGAUUGGUUGCAAUGUGCAAUAGUACAAUAACACAUUCAGUUACAUUUAUUGAAUAUGACAUGUAGCAACUGCAAAAUCAAACAAAUGUUUCAGUUUUCAAUAAGUUCACAGCUGACGUAUUUAUUGUUCCUACAGUUUUUCUUCAUUUGUACAAAAAAUGUAUAUACUGUAUCUUGUAAAUGUUUUGGACUAGAUGUGGUUGAAAACUGGUAUUUGGGUUCAAAAUGGUGUAUCUCCUGUUGGAAGCAAAUGUAAAGAAUUGAAUGGCAAAACUGGUAAAGUCUCAUAGCUAUUAAAACACAGUCAUGUAUAUUAUAAUGGCUUAAAUAAUGUUUUCAUUUCACUGUUUAAAUAUUGUUUAAUGGACUUUGGUAUUAAUAGUGUGUAUUCAUGAAAAGUAAUGGAAAUCACAUUCAUAGCAUAAUAUCAGAAGUUAGACAUUGCAUCCAUUAUGUUAUCAUUAAGUCACAGGAAGCACUGUAAUUCUUGUAUAGAAACACAUUGCAAAAACAGAUGACUCUCAAAAACAGUAUUAUAUCUUAAUAGCAGGGUUAUUAAUCAGAAUUGUGAAUAAUAAAUUAAGAAUAGCAUCUCUGUUAACCAAGACACUAGAAAAGAUUGUAGCAUUUCUGUCCUUCUCUAUGUAUUUUGAAAAACCUUGCAGGGCAAGGUCCUCAUAUAUUGAUUAUAGCUAGUUGUGUACAUCGCAUGUAUCUUCAUGGCACUUGUUUGUGGAUAUGUAAUAGCAACAUUCCAGUUUAAUUUCUAGAUUGCCAUUAAGCAUAAUUAAUUAUGGUGCAAUUGUAAAGGUGUCAAACUUGUCUGUAGUAACUACUUGACUUUGUAUUAUAAUUUGUACCUGACUUACUUCCUUCUUCCUUAUACACGCCUUUUCACUGACAAAGACAGACGUACUUUCAACCACUAACCACUAACUGGUCAAAAAAAGAGCACUUUAAUGCUUUAAAAGUAAAAUAAUUUAGGAUUAUUUGUGCUUAUGAUCAGUAUUAUGAAUUACCACAAUGUAAAUAGAAAUAAUGCUUGUUUUGAUAUACCUAGUACGUUUUUUGUUAUCAGUUUUGUAACAAUUGUUAAGAUGCUUACCUAUAUAACUAUUGUUGUUCAUGGAUGUCCAUUAGUUCCGGAGGUUGUUAAGUUCAGUGUUUUUUUUCUUAAAAUCAUGGAUAUUAAAAUAUUUGCCCUCUCUCUUUCU